AUGAGUGGCCCCAAACGUUCUGUCCUCUUGGGGCUGGCGCUCUUGAUGGUGACGGUGGGACCCUGCCUAGGAAGAACUGAUUCUGGAGAAAUCACAGAGAGACAGGUACUUUUAAAGCUCAUCAUGAAGUUCUUUCAAGAAUUUGAGAAAUACCACUCCGAGGAAUACAAGCCAUUGCAGUUUUCCAACCAAAAUGACUACACUUUGGGCCAUGAGGGGAUGAAAGACUACGAAGUUUAUCCUGAGGAGCAAAGAGUUGAAAUUGUUCCUCGAGAUUUAAAAACGAAGGAAAAGUUUUUAAAACAUCUUACAGGUCCUAUUUCUUUGGGCCCAAAGUGCCGCAAACAAUUUUAUAGAAUUUAUCACAAUACUAGAGACUGCACCAUUUCUACAUUCUAUAAGAGAUGUGCCAGGCUUCUUAAUCGGUUGGCUUCCAGUCCAGAGUGCAUCCAAGAAAGACAUGAAACUGAGGAGGAGGAGGAGGAGGAGGAAGUAGAGGAGAAAGGAAUGAAGAAGGAAGCAAAGCAGUAA